AUGCCUCGCGGAGCCGAAUACGACAACGGAAUUCCUCAGUCCGACAACGCCAUUGAGGCCGGCGAGACCAAGGCCCACGGUGUCGGCAACGACAAUGCCCCUCUGAACCACACCCAGAAAGUCGCUCCCAUGCCCGAGGAGACCGGCUCGCACCGCGAUGUCCACCCCGGUUACACCGGUAUCCCUCAGAACCCCGAAGGCAGUGGUAAGGGCGGUCAUGAGCCCAAGACUUUGGGUGAAAACAAGGGCCUUGGUUCCCAGCCCGGCGUUUAA